UGGAUAAAGAAUAUAUGUUUUUAAAAGGAAAUUAAAAAAUAUAUAUCUUUUUUUAUUGGUGAGCUAAGCCGGAAUGAAUUUCCAAGAAGGUCCAUACAAUUAUAUGCUCUAACCAUGACUUGCUCACUAUAAAUGAUCAUCACUCCAUUCUGUUACCAUCAAAUCACAAUCCAACCAAAACAAAAAGUUCAUCCGAUCAAUAAGAACAUGGUAAAAGUUCCCAGAGUCAAAUUGGGUUCACAGGGUUUGGAGGUGUCAGCUCAAGGUUUGGGUUGCAUGGGUAUGUCCGCUGUUUACGGACCCCCAAAACCCGAACAUAACAUGAUCAACCUCAUCCACCACGCCAUUGACACCGGUAUCACCCUACUCGACACAUCCGAUGCCUAUGGCCCUCACACCAAUGAAAUCCUACUCGGAAAGGCUUUGAAGGGAGGAGAAAGGGAAAAAACGGAGUUAGCUACCAAAUUCGGGAUCAAGUUUGAGAAUGGAAACCGUGAGGUGUAUGGUGAUCCGGAAUAUGUCAGGGCUGCUUGUGAAGGUAGCUUGAAGCGGCUUGAGAUCGAUUGCAUUGAUCUAUAUUAUCAACACCGAAUUGACACACGUGUGCCCAUUGAAAUCACGAUGGGAGAAAUGAAGAAACUGGUGGAAGAAGGGAAGAUAAAAUACAUAGGAUUAUCAGAAGCUUCGGCUUCAACCAUUAGAAGAGCCCAUGCUGUGCACACGAUAACUGCUGUUCAACUAGAGUGGUCCUUGUGGUCCAGGGAUGUUGAAGACGAAAUUAUCCCUACUUGCAGAGAACUUGGCAUUGGAAUUGUGGCAUACAGUCCUCUAGGACGCGGAUUUCUUUCAUUGGGUCCGAAGAUGGUUGAGAAUUUGACAGAUGGCGAUUUCCGCCAGAAUCUACCAAGGUUCCAACCUGAGAAUCUUGAGAAUAAUAAAAUGCUGUACGAACGGGUUAGUGCGAUUGCAGUAAAGAAAGGGUGCACUCCAUCACAACUAGCAUUGGCGUGGGUUCACCAUCAGGGGAAAGAUGUUGUGCCAAUACCAGGAACCACUAAGAUUGAAAACCUUCAACAAAACAUCGGAGCUUUAUCUGUUAAACUAACACCACAAGACAUGGCUGAACUUGAAUCCAUUGCUUCAGCUGAUGCAGCCAAGGGUGAUAGAUACAUGGAUGGUUUCCCCACCUAUCUAAACUCCGACACCCCACCUUUGUCUUCAUGGAAAGCUUAGUAAACACAUCUGUUUCUUUAUCACCUUUUUGUGUUAUUAUGUUGUGUCUAUCAUUGUACUUAAUUUUGAGGUUAUGACUUAAGAUAAUAAACCUCAACUGAGGUACUAUUUUUGAGCUAUUUAGUAAAUUAUAUAUCCAACAAGCAAUCACUUAAUUCAUGCCCUUACAACCCCCAUCUAGAAAAACCCAUUUGUAAUACAAAAUAACCAAAAGACUAAAAACCUCAAACAUAUUACACACUCAUCAUAUACACAACAAAAACCGUUACAACUCAUUUCCAAAAUCUAACAAAGCAAACUUAACAUGCAACCCAAUCUUCCCCCCAUCCACAACCAACCUCCCCGCAACCACCAACCAAUGACCCGGCGAGUCCUGUGGCCCACGCGCCACCUCAUCCGUGUCCACAAACUUCCUCAACUUCGUGAACCGAACCGGCACCGGUGGGCUAUCAGGAAACACACCCGAGUUCACCAUCGCACCCACUUGCUUCUCAGCAUUAGCCACCGAGCCACGUGUGAAGGUGAAAGUCGAGCUCAGGUUCGUGAAAAUACUCGACUUGCGAGCCACGGGUACACCGGCCCACUCGGUCUUACGUAUGGUGCAGUUGGGCAAGUGGGUGAAGAGUAGACGGAGGUGUAGUAUGGUUUUGGGCCAUUUUCCUUUUGUUAUGAGUUGGGCCCCGGUUACUAUGAAGACUCCGGGUGUUUGACUUUGUUGUAGCCAGUUUGGGUCGUGUUUGACUACGGAAGAGCAGACGUUGGAAUAGCGUUUCCAUCGGACUGGUUCGAGGAAUUUGGAAUUGGAAUUGGAAUUGGAAUCGGGAUUGGAAUUGGAAUCAUCAGAGCCUCGCCAUUGAAGAGGUGUGGUGGGUUUUGGG